AUGGAAAACCGCAUCCGAUCGAACGUGGCGCGUGGCCGUCCCGUCUACACGGACACGGCUAUCCAGGGCAUCUACAUGCGCCUCACCGAGCUGCACUCUCAUGUGAUGGGCCGGAUGAACGAGCUCGAGCAUCAGCGAAUGUAUUUCGAAUCGCUGCAAGACAACAUCUCGCACAUCUCCGAGGCUCGCGCUGCCAUCACGGCGUUGCGAGAUGAGGAAGAGCGGAAACGAGCUGAACUUGCUGCUGAGGAACAGCGUCUCCGACAGUCUCAGAUGCAGCACAAGCUGGCCGCGAUGCGGCAGCAAAAACAUGACAUGCUGAUGUCGCAGCGCGAGCUGGCUAUCCAACGCUUCCAGCAGCAAGAGGCCGAGAUGGCCGCCCGCCGUCAGCAGUUGUACCAGCCGUCCGGUGGCUACGGAGCUGUUCCGCCGGGCGCCUAUGCAUACGGCCAGGUCCCGACCAGCCAGUACCCUCCCGGCCAAUACGCACCACCCGCUCACCCGUACGGCUACCCGACGCCCAGCAACCCGGCCGGCCCGAGCCCGUAUCCUGGUGCGCAACACGUGCCCCCGGUUUACCAACAGGCUCAACCCGUCAACGGCGCCUCACCCUAUCCGCCCCAGCAGCAACAGCAGCAGGGCGCAAUUCAGGAUCCGGCACGGGCUCAGGCGCAGGUGCACCACCAGAAUGGCGUCUACACACCUCCAGUCGCCCAGCCUCCCACCCCGCAGCCUCAUCCCCAUCAGCCGGCCUAUCCGGCCACCAGCGCCCCUCCGCCCGUUGCCCAACAACCUCAUCAGGCCCCGGGCUAUCAAUAUCCUCAGCAACACUACGACCCGAACGCCCAAUACAAUCAGCACUACUACCAGCAGCAGCAACAGCAGCAGAUUUAUCAACAGCAGCAGGCUUACGCGCAGCAGCAACAACAACAACACCAGCAGCAGCCCCACCACCCCCAGGCCACCUAUGCUCAAGCCCCGCCCGCAAGCCAUGUCCCACACGCCAUGCCCGCCGCCGCCGCUACCUCAUCCUCUGUCGAGACGGCCAUCCCGGAGGCGGCUCUCAUCUCGUUCGAU